GUUAUUGAAUUGACAGACUGGAGUCGAAAAUUAUGGGCAGGGCAACAGCGAGCUUGUCGGGCCGGGAAAGUUCAUGCUGCGAUGACAAGGUGCGCGUGCAGGUUCAGAGGUUCAGCCUGGACCUUGAUACAGUAUGUACGUAUCCCGCUUCCUUCAAUAGGAAGAGCCUCACUAAGCGCUAUCUCUCUCUCUUGCCUUGUCAAGCGCGACCUCUCGUCUCGGGGUCAAUUGCUCAGCAAACCUUUUUGCCCUCCCGCUCGCUAUCAUGGACAUCGUGGACCUAACUCACACGGCCAGCCGGGAGCGUGCCCCGCGCACCAGCCUCUUCGGGAGCUCGGCGCCGAGCAAAAGCGGCUUCCUGUUUGGCAGUUCUCCGCCUGUGACGAGCGCGUUCACUACCGCGUCGUCGCCCACUUCAGCCAACACCACCUGGGCGGGCAUGGGAAGCACUUCCACCACCUGGGCGCCGGAGGGACUGCAGCAGACGCAGAGCCUCACGCGCGGCAGCAUGGACAUACCGCGCUCGACCGAGGUGCCGCCGCUGGCAAGGCGCUCAAGCAUGGAGGCCUCGCUUCUGACCUUCUCCCGCAGCUUCAAGCGCACAUCAGGCUUCGGCAACUGAGGCGCACGAGCGGCGAGGGAGCCGACGCGUCAAGCGAUCGUCAGCGAUGGGCAGUUAACAAAGGUGGCAUGGUGGCGCUUUUGGGGCGCACCCACCCGCAGAGAGGCAAGUGUGUGUGCUAUCCGGUUGAGGCAGAUAGAUGUACAAUAAUUGUCAAGGUACCGUGCGUCGGCGCUCGCAAAUCGAUCCAGGCGCCGGACUUUGGCGUUAGCAGCAAACCGCUGCAAAUGAUGACUAGCAGGAGAACUGGUACAUAGCAUAUGUUCGCGUGAUUGCUCACGUUCAGCGCAAUCUUCUGUCGGAGUCAGGGCGACCCUGUGCGUCGACAUGUUGCGCAUUAGGGCUUGCCUAGUCUGCUUCCGUGCCGGAAGCAUUGAGGCGGAAUGCACAUGGCAACACGAUGACGAAUACUCAGUAUCUCAUGUACAACAUUCAGCCUAUUGGAAGGCAUUUUUGUAGUGUGCCCAGCCGUCCGUUGACGUAGGGAGCUAGAUGGGUUGACCCUGUCUCAGCGCGAGCCCCAAUACACCGUCCUGAGUGGUCGUCUAUUCCAGGCGCAAACUCAACACAUUGCGGCGGCGUGUGGGGACGCGGCGUUGGCGAGAGCCACGGAUGGCCCUAACACCGUGGGGGCAUUUCGCACCUGUGGAGGACACUGUAGUGUAGGGGAAGGCAGACCGCUCCACGCUGGCUGCAAGCGCAAGGGCUGCUGUGCUACUGUUUGGCAUUUGGUUGUGGGUGCAUAUUUGCAUUUGAAGUAUUGUUGAUGAAGUACAAGUUUGCUGGUUGAAUUCUCAGCUGGGUACGCGACUGGCGUAGACUGGCGCAUGGCCUGUGCCAUGAGUGUACGAUAGCACGGAGAGAUUAUUGACGAUUGCUGUGAAGGACACAUUGUGAAAUAAAAACGCGCACAUGAUGGCGAGCACCUGGAAGCAUGGGUGCCUUGAGUUGGCGCGGCAUGGAGUGAAGGGUGCGUGCCCCUGCGCAGCGUGCACCCUGCACGUUAGUCAAGGCUGGCUGCCCAGGCCAUAAUGAGAUGCGCAGGCCCGAGAUGGGUUGCUAUCAUGCAUGGACACACGGCGCAUGCACAGGGGCAACUGUAACAGGAAAAAGCAUGUUGAGGUAGUACGGAUGGCGGCCCGGGGGCUUUGUGCGGGAGUGGAAAGGUCAAGUAAGCAGGAGCAUGGA